AUGGCUCCACAUAAGGUCAUGGAAGACACACCCACACAACAGAUCCUAUCCGACAACGUUUGGAAGCGCAAGCGACCCGAAACCGACUAUGAACGAUGGCAGCGGGAGCAAGACGAGAGCUACGAACCUGGUGGACGACCACAAUACGGACCGCCAAACGAAUAUCGGACGGAUGACUAUGUGUUAGAAAUAAAUGAGGAGUUGCGCCAUGGACAGCAUUAUGUAGAGGACCGGCCCCCAUCGCACGGUUAUUUUGUAUCCUCAAAAGCCCCGGCCAAACCCGUCACAAGCGAGGGUAGCAUCAUAUCUACUGCCAGAAAGGCUUUACAUCUGGGCGACGAGACAUUUAUGGGCAGCUUACUUUUUUUCGCCGUCUUGCUGAUGAUUCUUUUCGCGGUAUCAAAGUCAAUCAAACGAGGCCGUCGCUGUCUCGCUCUCCCACGGUCGGACACCCCGGACAGGCCAAGACUUGACGACAAGCGGGCACACAUUUCUUUUGUUUCAAAUUCGUCGCUUGUAUACAUGUAA